AUGUCGGUCUCAGUCUUGUUGGGCCUGCUUGGCCCGGAUAUCGAAGAUUACGAGGAAGAAUCGUUUCUGGUCUUUUCUCAGUCGAUACCGUCCCAGAAUCUGGGCUUUGUCGAUUCCAAAGCCACACUCUUGGACCUGACCAUUGGUGAGCGUGACCUCUCUAUCCACCAGUCACCGACGAUACUGUCCUCAAACCGAGGCGGCGGAACCACCGGAGCCGUGGUCUGGAAGAUCACCCCGCUCUUCGCACGUUGGGUGACUGCGCCCACAAAUUUGCUCUUCAGCCUUGGCAUCUUGGACUCCGAGUCCACCGUUCUGGAGCUCGGAUGUGGAAUAUCUGGAAUCAUUGGCCUUGCUUGUGGGCCACUUAUUGGAUCAUACGUCUUGACAGAUCAACAUUAUGUUAUGAAGCUCGUGAGCCAGAAUCUAGAAGAAAAUCGCCAGGCAACCUCAUCCACCAAGAAAGGUCGCAAGAGCUCGUCCAAGUCGAAACGAGGUGCUGCAUCAGCGAGCCAGGUGCAAGCUGCUGGCAACAUCAUCGCAACGCCGCUGGACUGGGAGACAGAUGAAGUGCUACCCUCGCUGACAGGAACCGAGUUGAAGCGCAGCUUUGACGCCGUGAUAGCAUGUGACUGCAUCUACAACGAUGCUCUCAUCAAACCCUUGGUACAGACUUGCAUUGAUACAUGCAAGCUGCGAAGCUCAGAUGAAGCAGAAAAUGAGCCAGCAGUUUGUAUUAUAGCACAGCAACUUCGUUCUGCUGAGGUCUUUGAGGAAUGGCUCAAGGAAUUUCAUAGAGCGUUCCGAGUAUGGCGCUUGCCCGAUGAAAUGUUGAUUGAUGGUCUGAAAUCAGACUCUGGUUUCGUGAUUCAUAUUGGCAUUCUACGGUAG